AUAUGAAUUUUGCUAUCCGGCUAUGCCGGCACAGCAGACGCCUGUCUGGGUAGCAGCAUAUAAGAGGUCCUUCUUCUCUUCAGGAAAGCUAGAGCUGUGGUGUCCCAAUCGCUUCUUUCCUGCAAUAAACCCCAAACUGCCAGCUGCUCCUCUCCAAGAUAACGCCCUCAGCCAUGCCUUCCUGGAUCGUCAAGCUCGGUGCCCUUGUGGCUUUGGCGCAUACCGUCGCCGGAUCUCAGAUUUCCCUCAGGACGACCACGCCGCCUGCGAAUGAGUACGUGACACACUGCACUGUCAUCCUUGAUGAUGAGCUUUUUGGCUGCAAGGGCAGUUCGAAGCCUUUCGGAAAGAAGUGCGGCCACAACAGGGGCAUCCAGACCAAGUCUAUCUGCGAUACAUCAUCCGUCACCGUGGAUUGGUCCACUGCCCAGGUCACCUUCCAGGAUAACAAUGGCCACUCGGCUAACUGCACGCUGAGUUCGACUGAGGAGGGAGGUCACUGCAACACUGACGACCCUGAUGAGUUCCCAAUUGAGCACAAUGGAGCAGAGAGGCUCGGAGCCGGAGCUGCCCUCUGGGGUCUUGGCACCAUGGCUGCCACUCUGUUUAUCUAAACCUAACGAUUGAACUCAAGAAACUGGGUCUUUCGUCAUUUACUUGAUUACACUAUUCCCAUGAUCACUGGCUCAGCUACCAUACCAUCGAUACCGUGGAAAG